UAGGUUAAAUUACAUGUCUCUUCUUAUAAUCGUAUUAUAAGCUUAAUAAUAUUAUUCAAUACAUUAAAGUUUGUAUAUAAUAACAUAUAAUUAUUAUUGAUCUGACUAAACCUAUUGAUUCACUUUGAUAUAUCACUGCAAAAGAUGUACAUUGAUUUACAUUACACUGUAAAGUAUUUGAUGUACCCAACACUGAAAAGCAAAUAUUAAAUACUAGACAUUGAUGUACUUAACACUGAAAAGGUAAUAGUGAAUUUUGUUCACUGAUGUACUUAACACUGAAAAGGAAAUAGUAGCAUGCAUCACUUGCUUUGACGUACAUAACAAUGUUAAGGUGAUAGUGACAAUGCAAAGGCAUGCAUCUCCAUUACUUUUAAAAAUUAUUAACUACUUUAUGAAUCAUUGCAUGCAUGCAAGACUUCAAAUUUACCAUAUAAGACAAAAAAAUUACUACAUAUCAUACACACUUGUUCUAUAAGAUGGAUACAUCAGAGUGGGAUUCCCUUGAACAACCAUCCAUUUCCCCCUAUUAUACUUUUACCUUCCAUUCUCAUAUCAAAUUUGGUUUUAAAAACAUGUCAUCUGACGAUAGCUCCAACUCUUCUAAUUCCUCUUCCAAUUCAGAAAAUAGCCAAACCCAACGAUAUGAAAGACGAAGGCAAGCCAAUCGCCAGUUCGAUCGAAUGAUGGAUGAAGUUUUUAUGUCCAAUCCAGUUGAAGUAUAUCAAAUGUUUAAUCAAGUGCCAAGGCCACCAAGGGUUCCCGUUCCAAGGGAUCGUGAGGAUGGACACAGUCGUUUAUGGAAUGACUACUUUACCGACCAUCCUGUGUUCCCUCCACAAUUAUUCCGUCGGAGAUUUCGCAUGAACAAACAUAUAUUUCUCCGAAUUAAGCAAACUUUAGAAGAACGUCAUCCCUUCUUCCAGCAAAGACAAGAUGCUACAGGAAGAUUUGGUGCCUCUGCAUUACAAAAAUGCACCGCGGCUAUGAGACUAAUAGCUUAUGGCACCUCCGCUGAUUCUGUGGAUGACUACAUUCGGAUUAGUGCAUCUCUUGCAAGAGAUUCACUUCAGCAUUUUGUGGAAGGAAUAGUCUCUUACUUUAGUGAUGAAUACCUUCGAAAGCCCAAUGAAGAAGAUCUAGUAAGACUACUAAGGAUUGGUGAACGUCGUGGAUUUCCUGGCAUGUUAGGUUCUAUUGAUUGUAUGCAUUGGAGGUGGAAAAACUGUCCACUUCGAUUAAAAGGUAUGUUUUCUGGAAGACCAGGUAAACCCACAUUAAUCUUGGAAGCUGUGGCAUCAUAUGAUCUUUGGAUCUGGCAUGCCUUUUUUGGGACACCAGGUAGUCGUAAUGAUAUUAAUGUUCUUGAUAGAUCCCCAUUGUUUAAUGAUGUUUUUGAAGGUUGUGCACCCUCUAUUAACUAUGUUGUGAAUGGUCGCACAUACAAUAUGGGAUAUUAUCUCACUGAUGGUAUAUAUCCUAAAUGGGCGGCAUUCAUUCCUACAAUAUCACUACCACAAAAUGAAAAAGAAGGUCUAUUUGCCAAAGUACAAGAAGCUAAACGAAAGGACGUUGAGCGUGCUUUUGGAGUAUUACAAGCUCGUUUUGCAAUAAUACGGAAUCCAGCGCUAGCUCGUGACGCAUCAAUGUUAGGAAAAAUAAUGAUAGCGUGUAUUAUUAUGCACAAUAUGAUUGUUGAGGAUGAAAGAGAUACAUAUAAAACGUAUUACGAUCCAAAUGAAUAUGAUCAAGCUACAAAUGCGUCUUCAAGUAAUGAAAAUAAUGAAGAGCCUUUUCAGUUCCAAAAUAGCAACAACCGAAUUGCAAGUUUGGAAACUUACAUGUCUAAUAGAGCACGUGUUCGUGAUGAAGCUAUGCAUAAAGCAUUGAAGAAAGACUUAGUUGAACAUAUGUGGCUCAAAUUCGGUGUUCAAAGUAGGGACAAUAAUAUGCAUUAAUAGAUGUGUAAUCGCAAUAUUAUAUCAUUGUGUUUGUACUUGUUCGCGGUUCGUUAUUAUCUUUCAAAGACUUUUGUCAUUUGAUAGAAUAUAUAUGUAUGAUUUUUAUUAUUGUGGAAUGUAGUAGGGUUACAAUUAUUGUUUGUGUCUUAAUUAACGACUAAUUACGUACUAAUUAAUAUCAAAAUUGCAUUAUUUUUAAAUUUUUGAGAUUUUAUCUAAUUAAUGUAUGCUAAUAAAUAAUUAUUAAUUUUGAAUGAUUAUUACCAAAUGCAUUAUUUAAUAAUAAUAGAAUUUAAGUAAUAAAUUGUGUGGUGGGGUUGGGUAAAAGUAGGAGAGAGAAAAUGUAUAACCAAAAUAUUAUGGUUAACUAUUGGCAUACAUUGGUUAUUAAAUGGUUAUAAGAGUGGUU